UGGGCAAAUAACGUGGAGAUCCCCAGUUGUUACCUUUCAUAGAACGCAUCACUAUUCACUAUUUCUUCCUAGUUCCUUCCUUCACAAACCUCAUCAUUUCCUACUCUCUUACAUCCAUUUUACAUUAUAAUUCAUCUCUUUUCAAGUCUUCUUCAUCCUCCAUUUCUAGAUAAUAGUUAAUUUCUAUUUGAUCAUUUGAGCUGACAAAAAUGGUGUCUUUUGAGAUGGAUGACAGAAAAAAGAUUGGACUGGGAUUGACUGGAUUUGGCAUUUUCUUUACCUUCUUGGGAGUCAUGUUAUUGUUUGACAAGGGGUUGCUUGCCAUGGGAAAUAUCCUCUUCCUGUCUGGUGUGGCAUUGACCAUUGGGCUAAAAUCCACUCUUGGGUUUUUCACGAAACCUCAAAAUUUUAAGGGAACAAUAUCAUUUGGAGCUGGCUUCUUCUUGGUUGUUGUUGGCUGGCCAAUCAUUGGCAUGUUAUUGGAAUUAUAUGGAUUCGUUGUGCUUUUCAGUGGCUUCUGGCCUACUGUUGCGGUGUUUUUACAGAGGAUACCUGUUUUGAGUUGGGUGUUGCAGCAUCCACUCUUUAGAUCGUUGAUCGAUAGUUACCGUGGAAAACGGGUACCAGUAUAAAGCCAAGGAUAAAUAGGAAAAUUGAAGCAAGCGAAGUCAAAAGGUGUAAUGUUCUAUAGUGCUGUGUGUCCUCAUUUUUUGAAUAACAGAACUGGUGUUUCACCAAUAUUUCUUUGUACAGAUCAAACUAACGAUGGCAUUACUAUGCUUACGUUUUAUAAAAACAUCAAUGUUUUUUCA